CCGGCGGACUCCCGGACCAAGUCGCUCUCCUCGGUGCUGAAAUCGCUGCUCGUCGUGACAAUGUAACCGGCGAUGAGGUCAGACGGAACACCGGCCAAGAAAACACCAAAAUGGAUGAUGACCUGUUUCAGCUGAGGCAACUUCCCGUUGUCCGCUUCCGUCGCACAGGCGAGAGCACUCGCUCUGAGGAAGAUGUUGAAAACCAAGAACAGGAAGUCAGGACAGCAGGGAGUGCUGAUCUGGAGUCUGUGGCUCUUGCAGAAGGAGCGCCGGUGCCUCGAGAGUUUGCUAAUCCAACUGACGACACGUUCAUGGUAGAAGAUGCUGUGGAGGCCAUCGGCUUUGGGACCUUUCAAUGGAAACUGUCCAUCCUCACUGGUCUGUCUUGGAUGGCUGAUGCCAUGGAGAUGAUGAUCCUCAGUAUCUUAGCUCCACAGCUUCACUGUGAAUGGAGACUUCCAAGCCUUGAGGUGGCACUGCUCACAUCGGCGGUGUUCAUUGGGAUGAUGAUCAGCUCUUCUCUUUGGGGAAACAUAUCAGACAGAUAUGGCAGAAAGACGGGUUUGACCAUGAGUGUGUUUUGGACCAUUUUCUAUGGCCUCAUGAGUGCGUUUGCUCCUAUUUAUGGGUGGAUCUUGGUCCUCCGCGCGCUGGUGGGCUUUGGCAUUGGAGGGGCACCGCAGUCGGUGACCCUGUAUGCUGAAUUCCUUCCCAUGAGAUCCAGAGCCACAUGCAUCUUACUGAUUGAGAUCUUUUGGGCUCUUGGCACUGUUUUUGAAGUCCUCUUGGCCAUCCUGGUGAUGCCCACUCUGGGCUGGCGCUGGCUGCUGGGCCUAUCCACCAUUCCUCUUUUCAUAUUUGCUAUUCUGUGUUAUUGGCUACCAGAGAGUGCUCGAUACGAUGUGCUGACUGGGAACCAGGAAAAGGCUCUGGCCACACUGAAACGCAUCGCCACGGAGAAUGGCGCCCCCAUGCCUCUGGGAAAACUAAUUGCUGCCAGACAGGAAGAUCGUGGGAAGAUUCAAGAUUUAUUUUCGUCGCACUUCCGCUGCACCACAGUACUGCUGUGGUUUAUUUGGUUUGCUAACGCCUUCUCCUACUACGGGCUGGUGCUGCUCACCACAGAGCUGUUUCAGGAGGGAGGCGCGUGUGGAACGUCCAAAGGUGACAAGAAGGAGCUCCGAUGCAGCUUGGAGUGCAAAUACCUGAAUUCUGAUGACUACAAAGACCUGCUGUGGACCACCUUAUCUGAAUUCCCAGGACUGCUGGUGACGCUGUGGGCUAUCGAUCGCCUGGGAAGGAGGAAGACCAUGGCAUUGUGUUUCCUAAUCUUCUCUCUGUGCAUCAUUCCACUGUAUGGCUGUGUUGGGAGAGCUUCCAUGACUGUGUUAAUUUUCAUCGCCAGAGCAUUCAUCGCAGGAGGCUUUCAGGCUGCUUAUGUUUACACUCCAGAGGUUUAUCCCACAGCGACCAGAGCUUUAGGUCUGGGAACGAGCAGUGGAAUGGCCAGAGUCGGUGCACUCAUCACUCCUUUUGUUGCACAGGUGAUGUUGGAGUCCUCGGUCUACCUGGCCCUCUCAGUGUACUGCUGCUGCUGCCUCUUCGCAGCUGUCGCCUCCUGUGCUCUGCCCAUUGAGACCACGGGCCGAGGCCUGCAGGAAUCCAAUCGUGAGUGGGGACAGGAGAUGAUUGGACACAAAUCAGAGGGAGUCACACACUCCAGCUCUGGCUCUCAGGGCUGAGAGCACGGUGGAAGACACACAACCAAAAAGGGACAGCAAAGGAAACGAAACAAAAUCAUGGAGGAAAUCCAGUCAGCUCUCUGCCCUUCUUCUGUAUUUCCUGUGUUUGGACACCAGAGCGGCAUCAGAGAGCCUGGCAGCACAGUCCUUUCACAUGUCACUGUAGUCUGUUUCCACCAUUGCUGUCAUGUUUAACUCCACACAGGGUGAUUUAGAAUGGCCAGAUGACCCACACGAGUGUGAGAGCAAAUGGUGAUCAAAGUUUCC